AUGGACGUCUCUACUCUUAUGAAGCAGAUGCAGGAGAAUCUCUCUGAGAUUCAUAUGACCAUUGCGGGGCUCUCAACUGAGGACCAUGAUUUACGCAUCGACGAAUUGGAGUCGAAAAGAGAUGCCGCUCUCAACGCUCUGCAUGCGGCCUUCGAAAAGGAAUGCGAAGCAGCGGCUGCCAAGCGACAGGCAGAGGUACAAGAUGUCGCCAAAAGACGAAGAAAGGAGGACGAAGAGCGAGAGGCCCGCCGACGACGAGAGGAUGAAGAACGAGACACAAGAAACCAGACCAAAGAUACGAAGAGACGACACCUCCUAGAUGUUGAGACAAGAGACGUGGAAGAUGGCGCAGAAGAUCAACUGGACCAAGUUGAAGCCGAGGCGGCACAACUGAUAGAGGAGGGCAAGGAGAGACUAAGACUGCUGAAAGGAAAGAGACAGGAAAUCAAUCGACUUAUUGACGAGCAACUCAAGCUACCUCUUCCCAGACUUCCAACACGGAAACGAGGCCGAGCAGCGAAGAUUUCGAACGGCGUUGCAGUCAGUAUGCCUGCCCUAUCCACCGACGAACAAGGCCGAGCAAUCGGUAACCAUGAUAAGGCUCCUGAGCGGUCCACUAUCGACGACAACAAGUCAGCAGACGAUGAGCGGCAGCGAGAUGAGGACCAAACCGCAGAGGGUCGAGGCGAAGAGGCGUCGCCUUCCCAAGGUGCACCUUCAGGAAUACCAUCAACAGUUCAACGUGCAAUCGUCCAAUCGCCUAUCGAAGAUCCUGGCAAGACCAUUCUCACAUCCACACAAGGCGAAAACAUGGGAGUCAGUCUAGACUCCAGCAUGGAUGACAGCCCCGAGCAGCUGGAGUCAACCACAACAGGGGAUCCAAAAGCCGAUCGUACUGUGGAUAUUGACGUGCAUUCGCAGGCAGAUGGAAGAAACGAAACCACACCUACGCAACAGGCCGACUCUGCUAUCAGCGUAGAGUCUAUGGAACCAGUCGAUUCAAUGGACGAGUUCGAUAAUCCGGCACACAUCUUGCCCUCGGACCCUACCGACUCGGUAUCUCUAUCAGAAACGGAGCUUAAAACCCAGGAUGGUGUCGAGACCCCUGUCGAUAACGCAGAGACAUCUUUGCCUGGAAGAAGGGAUACAUCUUUCGAGGAGUCUACAGCUGUAGAAACAUCUUCGUCCAGAGACCUUGGCGCUACGGAUCCACUGGGGUACUCAGAUGACCACUCUCCGGACGGAUCAAGACCGCAACAUCAAGUAAACGGUAGCCAUGAUGCACGAGCUGAUCCAGAGUCAAAGUCGGACGAAAUGUGUCAAUACGUCUCAGAUCCGCAACUCGGUCAGGAGCCAACACCAACCGGCUCAUAUGAGCGUAUUAAUAGUCCCACUUCUGCCACAGAGACCUUACAGGACGAACAGUCUUCCACCGGGCCUCAGUCGCCGUCCGCAAACCCAAUAAAUCCAGAGAAAGUCUCAUAUGAGUCUGACUCGCGCUUGGAGGAUGAACCAAGCCAAGAUAGUCGGCGGAACUCUGCGUCGCAUGCGCAGAAUUCCCAUGAGACAAAUGAUACUAGUGAUCACCAAGAUUCGGAGGAAACGGCGGCGACAGGUAGCCGUGCUUCCUCAGUCGAGCAAAAGCGUGCUCGCGAUGCUAUCAUUUCUGACAUCUUCGAGCCCACUAGCACUGAAGCAUCUCACAGUGGUCCAGAAGAGAGACCAGACUCCGAGAGAGCCGAAGAUAGCAAUGAUCUCGGGGAUGUUGAUGGUGCCAACCUCGAUUCUCCAGCCCCUAAAGAGCCAGGACCACACCCAACAAGUGGCACAAGCCAACAUGACGACAAAGAUUCCGAGACACACCUCGAAGGGGCUCCUAGUGUUUCCGUUCUCCCAGGCCCCGAGUUGGAUACAGACAGACUGGAGUCGCCCAGCAGCUUGGGGGCGAUGAGUGGCUCGCCUCCGUCGGAGCAAGCGGAAUCGAAUCCGUUAGAAGCUGAGAUGGCCCCCAGCAGCCCGGAGAGGGUUGCAUCAAACGACCCAGUCAAUACUGGGGACCAGCUUCAUGAAUUUAGUGACAUACUCAAGGACCGGGCUGACCGGUUACAUGAGACUGUGGCGAAUGGAGAGUAUGUGGAAGGGACUCUGCUCAAGUCUCCAGCAACUGCGGAGGCCGAAAGCGCGCAAGGCGAAAGCCAUGCAGAGGAAGCUCCAUCCCGGUCUUCCUCCCCAGACAGAAUAGUUCAUGCCCAACCUGACGAACAGGGCUUGGAGAGUAAUCUCGCAGAGGGAAUGGUCCCAGGUCAAAAUUCUACCGGCCACAUGGAAAGCGAAGAGGUACAACCGGCCCCUUCCAGCGAAGAGAAUCUUGAAGUCUUACAUGACGGCCCGGAACCGCCAACACCGGUGCUAUCGCCUUUAGACAGUGUCACUGCAGCUGUUGACGAGAAAGGCCCCUCGACAGCACUUGGCCUAUCCGAAGAGGGCCACCACACCCAGCAAGAAACAUAUAUACAAAGUCAAGAUAUCAAUACCCAACCCGUACCGCGUCUCGAAACAAACCACUGGCCUGAGGAUACUGAUACCACCGAUGAAGACAUGAACGAAAGGGACGAGCUCCGUCUUGGUGCACCGCCUCGCCGAGCCGCUAGGUCGCCACUCCCUGUCGAGAAUGUCACUGUCCACGGACAAGAGGAUCUGUUUGAUGACGACGCUAACUCGUUUUACUCAGAUGGGGGUGAAGACUUGACGCAGACAAUCUCUGCUGAUCAGGCUUUCAACGGGGACGAGCUAGCACAUACAAUAGGCGAACUCCUCGCUACUCCAAGCGAUGCUGUGCCUAUCACCGUAGAGCUUACAGCGGACGAUGAUGGACUGGACCGACGGUCAACUGAGCACAUCGCGGACAAGGAGACACAUGAUCAACCGGAUACUUACAGCCUGGAAGAUGGAACGCAUACCAAUCGUCCCCAAACGCCUGUUGGUGACCAUGCAUUGCAUGCGUCGAUAGGAAGCGCAAAAUCAGACCCUGACAAGAAGCUUCGCAGGGAGCCUGCGGUUGAGUAUGACGAAGGGCCAGAGACACCAACUACACUGCCAUCCCAAGAAAGCGAAGCACCAAGGACGAGCCCAGGUCAGAAGCAGCCUGACAGCCCAGCCACGCCACUAAAAGGUCUCGCUGCGAGCAGACACGCCCCCAAGGCUCGCCCGGAAACACUACCACCGCAUUUGCAGUCUCAGGAGCCUGACGAUGACGACGUCAAUCCACAACUCUUCACGCCCCGCGAUAUCACCGACCUUUCAUGGCACGCUCGCAACGAUUCGACCCCCCAGUCGAUGAGAAGCCGGAGCACCCUCUCGUCCGGACAAUCGUCGCCAGUCCAUUCCUCCCUCCCAGUCGACAACCACGAGCCGGUGAUCCGAGACACGUGGCCCGCGCCGAUAGGGAACAGGAUAAGGGUGCGCAACGACUCGGAGUUGACCGACCGGACCGGUAGCGACGAGUACGAUCCGUUCCGUUCCGAUGCCGCCAAACCUUUGAUGGCUAACACCACGGACGGCGAGUCGCCCGGGAGCGAGCAAUCGCCAUCGAACCGCCAAUCUCUGGCGGGGUCACCCAUGUUCCAGAAACUCCGGAACAUGUUUGAGUCGACGCCUCCCGCCAAUAGUCAGAGCAGUCCCAGUUCAUCACGGUCUGCCAGUUCACCACGGGCAUCCUUUGGUGCACUCACCGACUUGGCUCGGCAGCGGAGCUCGUCGCUCCGGAAGUCCUUUACGUACGGAGACGAAGGUGAGCUUGAUGAGCGGAGUGCGCUGCUAAGCAAUUCGCCAGGCGAUCUAGAUGGCCAUUGA